GUAAUGCUUUAUGGAAUUUAAUCAAAAUUUCCAGCACCGAAGCCAAAAUAGUCGCUCAAAGCUCGAAUCUUCAAUGAGCUUUGGGUGUGUGUGUGGGCGUUCAUUGAUCCUAGCGAGUCCUUAUCAGAGUAGGUCGACGGGAUCAACAUGGCUGCUACCUGAAUUCCUUCAGUGCUUAAAACCGCGCAAAAAGCGUCACCAAUUCAAUUAAAACCUGUCCCUUAUGCUAGUUAAAGUGGCGACGGACGGAACUUCACAAUUUGUGUCGUCAGGAUGGCAGCCGACGAUAGCAUGGACGACGACGUGUUCGAGGAUGUCGAUAGUCUGAGAGUUUCGGGACAGAAGAGCACCCCCUCUCCGACGGGGUAUAGGGAUUACAAGCCCCCGGCUGAAGUACUCAAACUUUGCCAGACUGACGUGCUCGAAGACUGCGAACAGAUCGUCCAUAAGACGAUCCUUUUGGGCGACAGCGGCGUCGGCAAGACCUCCCUGCUGGUCAAGUUCGACACCGGGCGCUUCCAGUCGGGAAACUUCUCCGCCACGGUGGGCAUCGGCUUCACGGUGAUGCUUUUGGGCGACUCCGGCGUGGGCAAAACGUGUAUUUUGAUGCAAUUCCGGGACGGCCUUUUUCUUUCCGGAAAUUAUAUUUCGACAGUAGGGAUCGAUUUUCGGAAUAAAGUAGUUACAGUCGAUCAGACCAAAGUGAAACUCCAGAUAUGGGACACGGCGGGCCAGGAGCGCUUCAGGAGCGUCACCCACGCUUACUACCGGGACGCUCACGCCCUUCUGCUGCUGUACGACGUCACGAACAAGACCAGCUUCGAUAACAUCCGCGCCUGGCUCAGCGAGAUCCGCGAGUACGCCCAGGACGACGUCGUCAUCAUGCUCCUGGGGAACAAGGCGGACUGCGGCGGCGAUCGGGCUGUGAGGAGGGAGGACGGGGAGCGGCUAGCUCGGGAGUACAACGUUGCGUUCAUGGAGACGUCGGCCAAAAGCGGGCAAAACGUCGAAUUGGCCUUUUUGGCCGUUGCGAGGGAGCUGAAGUAUCGGCAAAGCGGCAACCGCGCCGAUCGCAACACGUUCUCAGUCCAAGACUACGUCAAAGAGCAGACCCAGAGACCGCCUUGUCCUCCUUGCACCACUUAGACUUUGCACAUUUGGGACCCAGAACAAUACGAAUUAACACCAAAGGAAUUUGGAUGGAAGACAGUCUGUGAUAAAAACAGACUGGGUGGACUUGUAGUUGCUUUUAUUAGUGUGCCAUCUCUUGUUUUGGUAGGUGUGUACGUAUCAUAUCACGUGGGGCGGUAUUGAUAUUAAUGAUAUUGUUAGAACAAUAAUUUUUCAAGUAUAUACACCUUGUAUAAAAAAAUGGAUUCGUUUCACAGUUAUCGCUAGGGAAUCAAAUAUAAUAUAUUCUGUUAAGUGGUGUACGGAGUCUUUAAAUAAAUUAUUUCUAUGGCA